CGUUUCCCUUUUCUCUCCUCACACCGAGGUGCAUCUUUUCUCGGCUUGGGCAGCCAAUGCGCAUCGGAGCCGUCCUCUGCAGAGCCAGAGGGCAGGUCGGCUUCUCGGUGUGCACCUAAGAGGAUGGAUCGGAGGUCCCGGGCCCAACAGUGGCGCCGAGCUCGCCACAAUUACAACGACCUGUGCCCACCCAUAGGCCGCCGAGCCGCCACCGCGCUCCUCUGGCUCUCCUGCUCCAUCGCGCUCCUCCGCGCCCUCGCCACCUCCAACGCCCGUGCUCAGCAGCGCGCGGCUGCCCAGCAGCGCCGAAGCUUCCUUAACGCCCACCACCGCUCCAGCGCCCAGGUCUUCCCCGAGCCCCCCGAAUCUGACCACGAGCAAGAAGAAGAGGCCGACCUUGAGCUGUCCCUCCCCGAGUGCUUCCAGUACGAGGAGGAGUUCGAUUACGAGACCGAGAGCGAGACCGAGUCCGAGUCCGAAAUUGAGUCUGAGACCGAGCUCGACACCGCCCCAACCACAGAGCCCGAGACCGAGCCUGAGGACGAGCGUGGCCCCGUGGUGCCCAAGCGCCCCAGCUUCGCCCAGUCUCUCACUGAGCGUCUGCACGCUCUGAAGUUGCAGAGCCCCGACGCCUCUCCUAGUCGCGCGCAGCCCAGCACUCAGGAGCCCCAGAACCCCACCGAGGGGGAGGAGCUCGAGCCCGAGGACAAGGAUCCAAGGGUCCCCGAAGAGUCCAAGGAGCUCAAACAGGAGAAGAAACAGCAGCGCCGCUGCAAGCCGAAGAAGAAGCCCACCCGCCGCGACCCGUCCCCGGAGUCCCCUUCCAAAAAGGGGCCCAUCCCCAUCCGGCGUCACUAA